UGCGUGUUUUUUUUUUUAAGAGGGAGCUAUCCUGCAGAUUCACGGUCGAGAAUAGGUUAUGUGAUUGGAGCACUGUUCGGAUCUUGCCGGUUGGUGUGUGUGUCGCAUUGCUGUACAUUCCUGCUCUGAAUUGGAGCUGCUCUGUUGCGUAUGCCCUGGUUCCUGGCGAUUCGAACUUGCUUUUGUGUUAGGUCGGGCUUAGUGUGGAUUGAUGGUGUGUGACGGGCUCACGCAAAUUCGGUAGAUUAGAGAGUAGGUGCAAUCGGGGUUUAGGUUUUGUCGAGGAUUUGGUGUCUCCACAUUGAUUCUGCCUCAGUGUCCCAGUGUAUUCUCUUGGAUCCGGAAGGGGAGAACCGAUAGAGAUGGUGAAAUUGAUCCUAUUCCGCCUACGAAGGUCAUGAGUGGCUUCAUCUAUGUGCCCCUGCCUAUCUCUCCCUUUUUUCUUUUCUUUCUCGUACAAUCUUCGAAUUGUUAACCAGAAGUGCUUCGAUUCCAGCUGUGAGGGCUGUUGGAUUGUAGAGGUAGUGAUUAUUGGCACCGAUCCAAUCAACCUUUCUGCUCCUGGUUCUAUCUUCAAGUUUCUGGCCGUCUAAUUGUUUUUGUGGUUAGAUUUGGUCCCUCGGCUGUUCGUUGCCCAUUACGCGAGUCUCUUUCUGUACAAUUACGAGUAUCAUUACUUACACCUAAGUAGGAUUGAGGAAUCAUUAGAAAGCUUCAGUUGGACAUUCUACAUGCUCAUAGUUCAAUGCGCUAAUUCAUAAUCUGGCUAAGCUCUUGUUCGAGGCUGUCGAUCAUCCUGUUUGUGUGCUUUCCUUUCUGUACGCUAUCAGAUAGCAAGGUGCUGUUUUCCCCAGCAUGGCGUGAUGUCGUAGGUUUAGUGAACAACCCCGGUGAGCAGCAGCGAACGUGAAUUUCGCGACUUUGCUUCGUCCUAUUUUCCAUGCGUUAGCGAGAAUUGUCUUUUUUUGAGGAAGCAGAAUCGUUACUCUUUUCCUGGAGGAAAUGAAACUCGGCAACGUUGGUGCCCAGCAGUCUUGCAGAUAAGAGGAUUCCGUUAAAAGCAUCGAUUAGUGAUACUCAGCAUAUUGGUGCGUGAGGCUUCCAAAAUUAUUCAUUGGUACCGUCUUGAUUAGUAGAAAUGCAUGCCGCUACAUCCAAAGUGGGAAUUAGCGAUUUCUUCUUGUGCCAACGUUCAGUGCCGGAUGGACAUACCACUUGUGCAGGCUGAUAAGGCAUCAUUGAAACCGUUUAAUUCUUGGGAAAAGAAAGGAAACUUUUAGGUCUCAGGAAGGCACGUAAAAAAUAUACGUUGCUCUUCUGCAUAGUAGGAAUGAUAUUGUCUAGGAGACCUUCGGUUGCCCCAGGUCUCCGAGAUUAGUGCUUUGCGGAGCCUGGGUUAGAACUGGUAGCUGGCAUCAGCUUUUACAGAGAUUUCUUGAUACUGUGAGCACCAUGAAUACAAGUUUUUCAAUUAUGGAGAGGAAAUGGAGGAUACCUCUCGCCGUCAGCAUAUUUAUAUCUCUUAUUAUGUUACUAAUUGCGGGAAUGAGCCUAAAGCCCUCGACAGGUUCAUAUUUUAGUUUCCUUCAAAGAGAAGAGUCAUCUAUUUUCGUAGAGAAUAAUAUAGUUGGACUACCCGUUACUAGUCUGCCUGCCCCCCCUCGGCUUGCUUAUCUGAUAUCUGGAAAUAAAGGUGAUGGAAUGCGGAUUCGGAGGACACUACAAGCUCUUUACCAUCCGCGAAAUUAUUAUGUAUUACACUUGGAUCUCGAGGCUCCUCCUAAGGAGAGAGUUGAGUUAGCCAGAUACAUGCGCUCUGAUCCUGCUUUUCAAGAGACCAACAAUGUAAUCAUGAUUGGGAAGGCGAACUUGGUGACUUAUCGGGGCCCUACAAUGAUUUCAACAACGCUUCACGGUGCUGCAAUACUGCUAAGGAGUUUUAAAGACUGGGACUGGUUCAUCAAUCUUAGUGCCUCAGACUAUCCAUUGGUCACUCAAGACGAUAUUCUACACGUAUUUUCAUUUUUGCCUCGGGACCUGAACUUCAUUGAGCACACUAGCAAUAUUGGAUGGAAAGAGUUUCAAAGGGCAAAGCCUAUCAUCAUUGACCCUGGAUUGUACAUGAACAGGAAGAGUGACAUUUUCUGGGCGACUCAAAGACGAGCGCUCCCAACAGCAUUCCGUUUAUUCACAGGAUCUGCAUGGGCGGUUCUAUCAAGAUCGUUUAUGGAAUUUACAAUUAUGGGUUGGGACAAUCUACCCCGAGUAUUGCUAAUGUAUUAUACUAAUUUUGUGUCGUCACCGGAGGGCUACUUUCACACAGUACUCUGCAACAGCCCGGAGUUCAAAAAUACGACUGUAAACCAUGACCUUCACUACAUUGCAUGGGAUAAUCCCCCGAAGCAACAUCCUCUAGCUCUUACUCUCAAAGAUUUCCAGAACAUGACUAGUAGUGGAGCUCCCUUCGCUAGAAAAUUUAGUAAGGAUGAUCCUGUACUGUCGUUUAUUGACAAGCAGUUACUGGGACGCUCUCCAGGAAUGUUCUCUCCUGGAGGUUGGUGUGUAGGUGCUGGAGCUGACCCAUGUGGAGUGAGGGGGGAUGCCGCCGUCCUUAGACCAGGUCCCGGUGCUCGAAGGUUGCAGGGCCUGAUUGAGCGUUUGUUAGCUAAACCGAGAUUUCGCUCGGAGCAAUGUAUCUUGACGUAGGAGACCAGUUUUGCCACAUGAGCUGAGUCGGCGGUGUUUUCAACACUUUUUUCAUCCGCAAUGUUGCUGUUGAGUGCCUCUGUUGUCAAUGGAUAUUAGGAUCUAUAUAAUCAUUUUUUGGUGAUCAGUUCGCAUUCCCGCGGAAUUUCAUCCAAUGAUCACUUGCUACAACCGAGUUCCUCGACUGUCAUAUAGACUGUUUCUUAUAUUGUACACUGAAUGAAUGUGGGCAGCAGCUCUA